AGCGAGCGAGCGAGAGAGAGAGGGAGAGAGGGUUGGGUUGGUUUGUCUGGCGGAGACGCCGAGGCUGAAAAAGACAGACAGAGAGAGAGGGAGAGAGAGCUCUCCUCCCCUCCCCUCCUCCUCCUCCUCCUCCUCCUCCCCUCGCUGCUCAUUCAUUCUUCCUUCUUUUCUUGCCUUUACCCUUGAUGUUUCUCCCUCUUUCCUUCCUCCGCCGCCCAAUUCUUGACAAAUGUCGGUUCUUUCCACUUUCUCCCACCGCCAUUCCGAUCUUCCUUUCUCUUUCACCUCCUCCAUUAAUCACCGCCCCCGCCCCUGCCCCUGCCCCUGCCCCUGCCCCUGCCCCUGCCCCCUCAAACUCAACACUUCCCGGCCUUCUUCUGCCCACGUUGCUUUGAGUCGCUUGCGAAGGGUAUCCAUCCGUCGGGGUACCUCCAUGACAAUGCUAGAUGAGAGGAUAGCAGAUAGGAGCAUUGUGGUGAACCCUGCUGAUAUUUUGGCAUAUGAUCUUGUUCAAGGAGCAGAUGUGACCUGGAGUUACAUCUUGGACAAAACCGCACCCCAGCCCCCAACUGCAGUUCUUUUACAUGGUAUUCUAGGUAGCCGAAAAAAUUGGGGAACUUUUGCCAGGAGAUUGGCCAAAGAGUUUCCUAAAUGGCAGUUUCUCCUUGUAGACCUGCGGUGCCAUGGUGAUUCAGCGUCUCUAAGAAGGAAAGGGCCUCAUACUGUUGCAUCAGCUGCUCUUGAUGUUUUAAAGCUACUUGGCGUGCUGAAGUUAACCCCUCGUGUGGUAAUUGGUCACAGCUUUGGUGGUAAAGUUGCCUUGAGCAUGGUGGAUCAAGUUGCAAAGCCCCUUGCUCGACCUGUUAGAGUCUGGGUUUUAGAUGCUACCCCUGGAAAUGUUCGGGCUGGAGCAGAUGGAGAUGACCAUCCUGCUGAGCUUAUAUCAUUCUUAAGUACAUUCCCAAAAGAGAUUUCUUCAAAACGGGAUGUCAUGGAAGCUCUUAUUCAACAUGGGUUUUCGAAGGAUGUGGCACAAUGGGUGGUCACUAAUCUUCGGCAGAUUGAGGUUAAUGGUGCGUCGUCAUCAAGUUUACAUUGGGUGUUUGAUCUCAAUGGUAUUUCAGAUAUGUACCAGUCAUAUGAGGAAACAAAUAUGUGGAAGGUCGUGGAAGAUGUUCCUCGAGGAGUUCAUAUUGAUUUUCUGAAAGCAGAGAGGAGUUUGCAUAGAUGGGCAGUAGAGGACAUUGAGAGAAUCCACAUUGCUGAGGAGCAAGCUGUCGAAGAGGGAGGUGGAGUUGAGAUGCAUGUCCUGGAAGAUGCAGGCCACUGGGUCCAUGCGGACAACCCAGACGGGCUCUUCAGAAUCUUAUCAUUCUCAUUCCAAGGGUUCUGAAUCUGAUGGACCUGAUAAUCGGUUGCAUCUUUCACCUGCACAAGGAAAGCAGGGAUGUCCGGCGGCUUCACACCGUAGAAUAUUGCACAAGGUAGUAGGUGUGUUGUGCUGCUGCCGCUGCUACUUCUGACUCGUGAUGGAUGGAUGUGUUAUGAUUAUUAUUUUUGUUCUGUGUGCGGUGAUGAUAUAGAGUGUUGUGGGGAUGAUUGUUCUGUAGCAGUGGAAUUUUGGAAGUUUA